GUUUUUGAAAUGUUUUUCAAUUUUCUGAACUGUCCAGGAAUUUGAUGUUCAUAACGCUAAAAUGAUGUUCGGUAUGAUGGUUUCUCUUGCAAUCAUCAGCUGUCUUUUUAUUCUUCCGGGUUCGACCACCCACCAGGCUGAAGAUCUGGCUAAUCGCAUAUACUUCAAUGAAAACUGGUUGGUACGAAGACUUAAAUGUGCUUGCCACUUCCCAUUCAUGAUAAUGCGAUCAAACAAACUAGUAAAAUUUCGAAUUUACAACUGUUGGGUGGUGUCGGAAGAAAAUUUCCUCAAGUAUCUACAACUUCUGUAUAGUGUUUAUAUUGUUUUGCAAUCUACUUUUCCGAGUUCUACAAGAGAAACUGGCCCGAAUGCUAUCGUUAAAGUAUCCAGUUGAGUGAGCAACCACCAUCAAGUAACUGGACCAAUGAAAUUAAUUUUCAAUCUGGGACUACUUUGAAAUUAUUUUCGUGACUCAUGGACAAUUUUAUAAUUUGCCACGUUAUAAUCAUAAUGCUCUAAGUUGAAUUUUAUGUUCAAAUGGCUUUUAUUAGUUUUAAAAAUAAUCGAUUUGGAUGUAUGAGCUUUUUUUAUAAAAUUAUCUUUAAUUUCGUCAUACAUAACACAUUUUAACCAGAUAAAACCUUAAAAAUUUGCUAAAAAGACUAGUCAUGUAUUCGUAUAUUCCCAAAACCACGUUAAUCACCAAUAACAGAUGAUUUUUUUCUUCUUUUUUUCCAACCGACUAUUUCUUUGUGCAAGAAACGAAAAUACUUGAGUUGUAUUUUUCAAAGUAAAAUCUCACAAAAUGCUCUUUGAGCCAAUCAGAGAUGUCUAAAAUCCGGCCAUUUUAACAAUAAUUGAGUGUUAAAUAAAACUUACUUUUGAACUA